AUGGAGUUGCUAGAUCUGGGCAUCAGUCAGUGUUUGAUGGCAUUAAGGUAUAUUAACCGUGUGUUCUGUUAUUCUCAGGGACGUGGCCAUGGAGGCUAUGAUUCUGAUUUUAGUGACGAGGAGAAUGGAGAGAAGUCUGUGCAAAAGAAGACUAAAAGUGUAAAGGAAGAUGGCCUUCUGAUAAAGCCAUUCCAAAAAGCAAAACAAGGCGGUCUGGUUCACAGACAAUUCGCAGCUGAAGAAUGGGAUAGGGAAGAAGCAAGAAAAAGAAGAUUUCACUUGAUAUCGAUGGAUGCUUAUUCAAGACAUAAAAAGUUUGUGAGUGACUACAUUUUAUACUAUGGUGGCAAAAUAGAGGAUUUCAAACGUUCUGGAGCAAAUGACAAGACGGAUCUUGAUGUUAUUAGAGAAAACCAUAGAUUCCUGUGGAACGAAGAUGAUGAAGCAGACAUGAAUUGGGAGAAGAGGCUUGCAAAGAAGUAUUAUGAUAAAUUGUACAAAGAAUACUGUAUAGCAGAUCUCAGUAGAUACAAAGAGAAUAAGUUUGGAUUUAGAUGGCGACAUGAGAAAGAAGUAAUUUCAGGAAAAGGUCAGUUUUCUUGUGGAAAUAAGCACUGUGAUGAGACAGAAGGCCUGAAGAGCUGGGAGGUGAAUUUUGGUUAUGUUGAACAUGGCGAAAAGAGGAAUGCACUUGUGAAACUGAGGCUAUGUCCAGAAUGUUCCCACAAACUAAACUUUCAUCACCGGAGGAAAGAAGUCAAAGCACUCAAGAAAAGACGCACAGCUGUACCAAAAUCUAAAGAGCCAAAAAUUAAGAAGACAAAAUUAUCUGGUUCAUCAAAAAACAAGUCCAAAAAAAAGACCCAUAAAGAUCAGACUUCUUCAGAAGAUUCAGAUAAUUCUGCUAAAGAUUCAGAUAACAGUGAUGCACAAGAUGGUCCUUCAGAUGCUGACUUUUGGAAAGGUCCUCUACAAGAAGCAGAUGAAAAAUCACGGGAGGAGGAGUUUGAUGAGUAUUUUCAAGACUUGUUUCUCUGA